CUUCAGUGCAAGUGAGUUUAGACCUUUUGGAAACUGCUGCAGUUUUUGUUCUGGGAGAGACCUGGGUUCAGUUCAUGCACCGACUUAUUAACCUUUAAAACAUCUUUUCAUUUUCAAUUUCCCUGUGACCUUCUUGGGUUACAAGUAUCUGUGUCUAAACAUGGUGGCGAACAUGUUGCUCUUGGUCCUUUCUCUGUCGGGUGCUUCAUCUAUGUGUGAUGUUAGGCCAGACCUUUUCAUCUCUGCGCCGAAGAGCAUGGAGGUUCUGUCGGGAUCUUGUGUACGAAUUCCCUGCAGAUUCAGACUUCAAAAUAAAGAGGAAUUCGACAGCUCAAAAACUUCUUUCGGGGUGUGGAUCAAAAGAGAUUCCAGAUUUCGAAAACACCCCCAGAAUGUCAUUUUCAACAGCAGUGGGACAGUAAAAACCUAUCCAAUGUAUAUUACUGGAAACCUGGGUCAGAAAAACUGCACCACUCUGUUUUCAAAUUUAACCUCAGUUUAUACAGAAAAAUAUUUCUUCAGACUUGAGAACGGGGAUUUCAAAGCAACAGCUUCUUGCAAUUCUACUCAAAUCACGGUGAAAGAUUCUCCUCCCAGUCCCAGUAUUGAAGUCUCCCAUCAGCAGCUGAAGGAGAAGGAGUCUGUCACUAUAACCUGCUCAGCUCUCACUCCCUGUCCACACUCCCCUCCUAAACUCACCUGGAAUCUACAACAAGAUGCUGCAAAUAACAUGGAAGAAAACACAGACCAAACAUUUACAACUAAAAUCAGACAGAUCAUCACUGUGUCAGACCAACAUGAUGGAUUCAACAUCAGCUGUUCUGCAGCAUAUCCUGUGGACGGAGGAAGAAACAAAACAGCAGAAAAAAACAUCACCCUCAGUGUUUCAUAUGCUCCUAAAAACACCUUAGCGUCCAUCAGUCCCUCAGGUUCGCUGUGGGCAGGUAUGUGGGUGAACCUGACCUGCUCCAGCAGAGCCAAACCUCCUGUCAGCAAAUUCACCUGGUUCAAGACCAGCACACAUGGACCCAUCAGCGUGUCUGAAGGAGAUGUUUACAGCUUCAGUUUGACCAAUGACACUGAAGGAGAUUAUUAUUGUGAAGCAAUAAAUGAUCUCGGGAAAAAAAAGUCAUCAGUGAUUCAUGUGAAUAUUGAAGAUUCUCCUCCCAGUCCCAGUAUUGAAGUCUCCCAUCAGCAGCUGAAGGAGAAGGAGUCUGUCACUAUAACCUGCUCAGCUCUCACUCCCUGUCCACACUCCCCUCCUAAACUCACCUGGAAUCUACAACCAGACGCUGCAAACAAGACGGAAGAAAACACAGAUCGAACAUUUACAACUAAAAUUCAACAGAACAUCACUGUGUCAGACCAACAUGAUGGAUUCAACAUCAGCUGUUCUGCAGCAUAUCCUGUGGACGAAGGAAGAAUCAAAGCAGCAGAAACAAACAUCACCCUCAGUGUUUCAUAUGCUCCUAAAAACACCUCAGCGUCCAUCAGUCCCUCAGGUUCGCUGUGGGCAGGUAUGUGGGUGAACCUGACCUGCUCCAGCAGAGCCAAACCUCCUGUCAGCAACUUCACCUGGUUCAAGACCAGCACACAUGGACCCAUCAGAGUGUUUGAAGGAGACGUUUACAGCUUCAGUUUGACCAGUGAUCCUGAAGGAGGUUAUCAUUGUGAAGCAACAAAUGAUCUCGGGAAACAAAACUCAUCGGUGAUUCAUGUGAAUAUUGAAGUAAAAAACAGCUCUCUGCAAUGGGAGGCAGUUCUUGGAGGAGUCAUUGGGAUCAUCAUAAUCAUCUGCCUGGCUGUCUGUCUUUGGUGUUUAGUAUUGAAACGCCGACCACAAAAACAGACUGAGAAUCAGAGGCUUGAAGAGCUAUCUGAUGUUUCAGCAAAUAAAACGGAAGACGAAAUCCAAUAUGGACAGAUUGACUUCUCCAAGGGCCAGUCUGGAGGGUCGUCUCCCAAUGGGCUGGACAGUGGACAUCAGCAGGAGACGGUGUACGCACAGGUCAAAGUGUCUGGAGCAGCACAAAGUCUAACACACACUGGUGACGGCUCAGAAGACCUGUAUGCACAAGUCAACAAGAAAUGAGUGUAGCUUCAACAGGAAAAUACAACCAGUCUCAUAUCAAAAUGAGAAAUAGCUAUGACAGUUUCAAUCUGAAUGUUUUUGUGUUAAUAUUGCUAAUAUUGCUAGUAUAGUAAAUAUUUGUUAUUUUUCUCAUGCAUUUAUUUGUAUUGUUAAUACUGGAGAACUCAAAUCUGAAUAAAGAGUGUUGCUUAUGAUUUG